AAAUUAGAAGCUAUGUUGGCUGAGAGUCGCGCCGCGCUGCUGUGAAAAAUUUCAGCUCUUCAGAGUGGAAGUUUUGAGGAACUGUGGAAGGCUGUGGGAUAGAGGAGAGCGAUCUCCUUUUGCACAACAACCCCCCGGAGACGCGGUGGUGAAUUUGUGAAUAAGUGUGGGAUUUACAUCGGGAAUUGUGUUACAACUCCUUUUAUGCAACACUGGGUGGCAUUUCUUCAUCUUGUGCGACUCUUGGCCACCGCCAGCUAGAGAGGCCAGUGUGCUGGAGAGUUUACAGUGAUCGGUGUUAGUGGAUAAGUGAGUGGUCUUAACGCCGCGCAUGCAUAAGAGAUUUGGGUGAAGGAGGGAAGAAGACAAACCGCGACGCAGAGACACUUAAGAUGCGGCAGCUGUAUAAGAUGAAAAGUGAUCCAUUGACCAGCUAAUUAAGAGUGUUGUUGAGUGUUGUUUUGUGGUGGUGAAAGGAAUUUUUGCGCGACAAGAAAGUCUUCAUUCAAAAAUCAUCCGCAAGACCAUCAAAUCUUUGUCGUGGAACAGUCUUUUUGGCAAAGAGAGGUGAUUUGUGCGCCGCGCGGCCAAGAUGGAUUUGAAAGUUCUUCUUUGGCUGGCAAUAGCCACUCUCAUGUGCCAAUUGGUUGCAACACAGUCAAGCGAAGCAAAUUCCACUGCGGCGCCCGAAAUUGAGCCCGAUCGGACGGCAGUUGUGCCACUGAUGGCGUCCACGGACAAUGCCACAGCUGUGGGGGUGGAUGUUAACCAAAAAGCUGACCAAAAAGACGUGGAGAGUGGAGGCGCUCAAGAUGGCACCACAGAGAGUCCGUCAGCAGCACCGAAAGAGGACAAGAGCACAUCAAUGGCAGAUUCAUUGGCCGGCGAGCUGAGCAAAAACGACACAGGCAGCCCAUUAUUCCUCCCAACGACUGUCCGAAGUGAAAUUGACACAGAAAGAAGCACUGCAUCUCCGUCGGAAGCUGCUCCGACUAAUCCGUCCACAACGCCUCCGGCGCAGGAAGCCAGAGGCCGAGCCAUCAAUUUCACCUCGAUGGACGCCGGAGACGCUGAUGCCGGCCGACAGACCACACUGUCUCCUGCCGACAUGUCCUCCGCAGUCAAUCCGAUCAAUUAUGUCACGGCGGCAACAGGUGCCGCCACACGGAAGCCGAUUAUAGACCUCAGUGACGUCAGCAUGGACGAAGAAGACGAGGACUCAGCUCCAAUUACAGCAUGCAUGCACGAGGGGCAGCGCUUCAAGCUGCACGACGUGAGCGAUCGAGGAUGCGAUGAACGCUGUAUUUGCCGGGCGAAUGGCAAAUGGGAAUGUUCACCGCGAUGCUCGGGCGUCUUCUUCAAGCGCGGCAAAGUGCUGGACGAUCCGCACUGCCACGAGAAGCCAGCCGCCGAUGAGUGCUGCGCCGUGAUGGUGUGCUCCGAGUCGACGGCAUCGGACGAGGAGAUGGAAUUCAGAACCGAAGACGCCACGAAUUCAACUGCCGCCGUUGCUGGGAAGUGUGUCCACAAUGGCACGGAGUACGGCCACGGCGCCACCAUCGAGGAGGGCUGCGAGAGGGUGUGCAAGUGCCAGAGCACUGGCCAGGUCACGUGCGAGCCGCGCUGCCACAAGAUGAACGAGACGUCGUCGGACCAGUGCGUGAAGGUCAAGGAUCCGACGGAUCUGUGCUGUGAGAUUGAGCUGUGCGACGUCACGCUGGCCGACGGCGAGCCGCCGUCCGGCGAGAAGAGGGACGAGCGGCCGUGCGAGUACAAGGGGCAGCAGUACAAGAUGGGAGAGCAAUUCCACGACGGCUGCGCAGCGCUCUGCAUCUGCACGGAUGCAGGAGUUCACUGCGCCAAGCUUGAGUGUCCGUCGCACUUCGGACUGGACGUCCUCAAUCCCCACUGUCUGCGCUGGGAGCCGGAUCCGGCCACGUUCAGGGCGAUCGCGCCCAAGUGCUGCCCCGAACGGAUGCGCUGCGUGGACAACGGAACGUGCGAAUUCCAGGGACAGAUGUUCGACAACUGGUCCGAAAUCCCCACCAAUCUCACGGGAUGCGAUCAGCAUUGCUACUGCGAGCGCGGAACGGUUGAGUGCCGACCCGCGUGCUUGCCCGUCCCGGCUGUGCCUCCGGCUCACCUGCCCUGCCACCCGAGUGCGGCCAGACUCGUCCUGAUCCCGGACGAUGACUGCUGCAAGCAGUGGUCGUGCUCCAACGAACCCGGCAGCGGAUUCGGAGUUCCUGGAGGUUUUCCCGCUAUUCAGCCCAAUCUUCAGGUUCUGGCUCUCGAUGCGAUCGAUCCGCGCACCGUCAGGAUCAUCUUCAUCGUACCUGAGGUCUUCGUGGGCCUCCACGGGAGAGUUGAGCUGCGCUACACCAACGGCCGAUCCAAUGACACCUCCACCUGGACUAGCCAAGUAUUUGCUCCGCCUGAAGACCUGAUCGCCACGUCUCAGAUGGAAUUUGAGUUACCCGGCUUGGAGCCCAACACGGAGUACAAGAUUAAGAUCACCCUGAUUCUGCGCGACCUCAAUUCGCAGCCGACCAGCCAGAUUUACACUGUCAAGAUGCCGGCGGAGCGAACAAUCACGCCGCCCUCGAACAUUGACUACCAUCAGCCGCAUCUCACGGACAUCCUCAAGAAGGCGACAGAUCCGGAACUGCGAGCUGUGGAGAAGAACUCCACGUGGCUGAGACUUGAGUGGAACAAACUGCACGAGGACGAGAUGGAGUAUGUGGAUGGAAUUCAGCUGCGCUUCAAGGAGCAAUCAGGAAUGCUCUACGACGCCACGCCUCUGAUCCACAGGACGCUGACCACGUACACCAUUGAGAACCUGAAGCCUGACACAAGCUACGAAGUCGGCCUCUUCCUGAUCCCUUUCGCUGGCCACGGAGCGGAGCUCCUGGCGGGCGAAAUGGUGAAACUGUCCACCGCUAUCAAGGUCGACAUGUUCGCCUUCGAGGUGGUCGUGAACGUGACGAAGGUGAAGGCGAGCAGCGUUGAGGUGUCGUGGAGCGGAGUUCCCUAUCCGGAGGACAAGUUCGUCAACAUCUACCGCGCGAUCUACCAAAGCGACGCCGGCAAGGAGGACUCGAGUGUGUUCAAGGUGGCCAAGAGGGAUUCCAGCCAAGGGGCGCUGAUCAUGGACCUCAAGCCCGGCACGAGGUAUCGCCUGUGGCUGGAGAUGUACCUCACGAAUGGCAACAUCAAGAAGAGCAACGUCGUGAACUUCCUCACGAAACCCGGCGGCCCGGCGACGCCCGGCAAGACUGGGAAGUUGCUGACCGGCGGAGAGAGUCUCGAGCCCACGGGCGACUACUACGGACCUCUGGUGGUCGUCGCUGUGGUCGCCGCGCUGGCCGUGAUGUCCACACUCAUCCUGCUGCUGAUCCUCACACGGAGAAGGGCUCACCAGACGGCCUCCAUCACGCCGCCCAGGAAGAACGACGUGUCCUACGACAAUCCUAGCUAUAAAGUCGAGAUACAGCAAGAGACCAUGAAUCUGUAAGGAAAGAAGCCUUGCAGAGCGCCUCACCAGAGGACAGAUUCCGUCCAUAGACUCUGCAACAGCAUUUCCCAUAACUAUCUCUUAUGAGUGCGCGUGUGGCUGCGAGAGUGAAUCGUGCGUGAUUGAAUGUAAUAAUAUUGUAUUAAUGUUAUAUGACCCUAAAUCAUAUGGAAUCCUCAUAAUAAUAUAUAAGCUUUUGUGUGUAAAUAUGAGAGACAGUAUAUUUGUAAUAAAUUUGUACACCACGAA